GCUCACUUACUAAUCCCACUUGAAGACGUAGUAAAGGCCACCCACAACUUUGCUAAUGAUAACAUCAUCGGACGCGGUGGAUUGGGACAUGUAUACAAAGGACAACUCCAGCGGUCCGGAGAGUUGAUCAAGAUAUCUGCGCUGAGGUUAGACCGUAAGCACGGUGGAGGAGUCGUCGAGUUCUGGACGGAAGUUUCAAUGCUUUCAGAUCUCAAGCAUCCAAAUAUAGUCUCUAUUGUCGGAUUUUGUGAUGAACAACAUGAGAAGAUCAUUGUGACCACGUAUGAGGCCAAAAAUGGAAGUCUCAAGGAGCAUCUAAGCAACCCGAACCUCACAUGGACACAAAGAUUGAAGAUAUGUGUAGGCGUGGCUCGUGCUUUGAGUUACCUCCAUUAUGAUGAGGGACGCGACUAUGGUGUUAUACAUCUUAACAUCAAUAGCUCGACAAUUUUAUUAGACGAGAACUGGGAACCCAAGUUAUCCGGUUUUAAAGUUUCCAUCAAACAAUCGCUUAACCGAAUGGACCGGGUUAUCCUUUCUGAACCUAUUGGCACAAUAGGGUAUAUGGACCCAGAAAUUGAAAAGACAAAAGGGGUGACCCACAAGUCGGACGUCUACGCAUUUGGUGUGGUAUUAUUUGAAAUAUUGUGUGGGAGGAGAGCAUAUAUUAAGACGGGGGAAAAUAAGUUUCUAGCUGGAUUGGCCAAGUAUCAUUAUGAAAACGAAACGAUUCCAGAUAUAAUCCAUCCACAUCUAAAGAAUCAAAUGUCCAAAAAUCAAAUAUCUCUAAGUUCACUCAGAAAAUACUCAAAAACGGCAUAUUCUUGCUUAAAGGAAGAUCGAGCACAUCGCCCACACAUGCUCAGUAUUGCUGAUGAACUUCAAAAAGCAUUUGAGAAAGCAUUAAACUUUAAGCCGCGACCUGAAAAUUUUUUAAAGAACUUGGAACACUUGAAGAUUCAGCUCGAUGACAUAAAGUUAGCCACCAAUAGCUUUUCAGACACAUACAAAAAUUCUGAUAGCGAUGAUUACAAUGCUAGGUACACAGUAGAACUCAACCAUUUUGAUAAAGGAAUUCCUUCCUUUGUAGAAGAGAAGGGUAAAACUACACAACCCAAGAUACACAACACUGUACUUAUAAAACGCUUCUUUCCUCGAGAUGACGAGGACGAAGAAGAAUUAUUUUUUACAGAACUUGAAGUGCUUAUUACCGUUAAGCAUCCCAACAUAGUCACUCUAAUAGGAUUUUGUGUUGAAGGUUUUGAGAUGAUGCUUAUCGUGGAGAAAUUUGCUAAUGGAUUCCUUCAAGAUUAUUUAGGAAACGUGUGUACCUUGACUUGGGAAACACGUUUAAAAAUAUGCAUUGAUGCUGCUCAUGCAUUGAACUACAUACACUCUGGGAUGGAAGACAAAAAAAAUGAUAAUACAUGGCAAUAUAGCUAGCUUCAAACUUGGGUUGGACGAGAACUGGCGGACAAAGAUUGAGGAUUUUGAAUGGGCAGUAAUCUUGGCCCCCGAUAAAAAAGAUGAAACUCUGUAUAAAAGAACAUAUUUUGAGUCAGAGUACCACGUGGAUCCAGAAUAUGCGAAUACUGGGAAGCUAAAAAGAGAGUCGGACGUGUAUAGCUUUGGUGUAGUUUUGCUUGAGAUUAUAUGUGGAAGGCAGGCUCGUGACCAAAUUUACCUUAAGGAGAGUGACAAAGGGCUCGUUCAUGUGGCUAGAAAAAACUUCCGUAAUGGAACAAUAGAAGGCAUGAUAGAUCCUACACUAAAGGAAGACACCGAUAAAAAGAGUUGUAUUCCAAAUAGAGGAGCAAACAAGGAUUCUUUGCACAUAUUUCUAAAAGUUGCAAAUCAGUGUGUGUCAGAGACUCAAGACCAACGCCCAACAAUGAAAGUUGUUCUCAAUAAACUUGAGAAAGCAUUGGUCUUUCAGGAGGAGCAAGUACAACAAUUGGGUAAGGAUCAAGUUGUCGACAAACUUGAGAAAGCAAGGCAUGAAAUUCCUGUGGGGAAGAACUUGGAACACUUGAAGAUUCCUCUCACUCAUAUUCAAUCAGCAACCCAUUAUUUCUCAAAGAAAUACAGAAUUUCAAAUUUCGAAGAUGGCUAUACUUUCUACAGAGCAGAACUCGAGCAUUAUGAUAAAGAGAAUCCAUCAUCCAAGAGACACAACACUGUAGUUAUCAAACGCUACCCCCUUCUGGAAAUGAGUUCUAUGGAGAAACAGAGUUUCUCAUAGAAAUAGAAAUUCUUUCCGGUGGAGUUAAGCAUCCCAACAUAGUCAAUCUGCUUGGAUUUUGUUUUGAAGAGUCUGAGAUGAUCCUUGUCAUUGACAAUUUUUCUAAUGGAUUUCUUGGUGAGAAUUUGGGAAACAUCAAAGACAAGCGUCUUUUGAAUUGGGAAAACCGUUUGAAAAUAUGCAUUGAGGUUGCACACGCAUUAAGGUACAUUCACUAUGAGAUGGAAGACCAGAAGAUGAUAAUAAACCGUGAUAUAUGCAGUUACAACAUUGGGUUGGACGAGAAUUUUGGGGCAAAGAUUAUUAAUUUUUCGUGGUCUGUAUUCCUGCCUCCAAAUCAAGAUAACGAAGCUCUCUAUCCCAAAAUUCGUAUUGACAGACCAAGCUACAGAGAUCCACAGUAUGAGAAGACUGGUAAGUUGAAAAGAGAAUCAGAUGUUUAUGGUUUCGGAGUAGUCUUGUUUGAAAUUCUAUGUGGGAGAUUAGCCUAUGACCCAAUUUACAAGAAGGAGAGUGACAAAGGGCUGGCUUUUGUGGCAAGACGAAGCUUCAGCAUAGGAACACUAGAAGAGAUGAUAGAUCCUAUAUUAAAGGAAGGAAUUGGUGAAAUCAAAUUUGUUCUAAAUAGAGGACCCAACAAGGAUUCUUUGCACACGUUUAUUACAAUUGCACACCAGUGUGUGGCAGAAACUCAAGACCAACGCCCAACAAUGAAAGUCGUAGUCAAGGAACUUGAAAAAGCAUUAUUCU